AAGAUUUUUUUAUAAUGUGUUCCGAAAAAUUAAAAUUAGUAGCGACAAAUUUUGGAACAUAUAACUUUAAGAUGAUCUAAAGUUUUGGAUCUGAUGGUUUUAGGAUCAAACAUCUUUAUAGCCUAUCAAAAAUCUUAAAAAACUUACGAAGCAAAAAAUAUAUCAUUACAAUGGCUAUGCAAGUUCCUACAAAUGUGGAUCCUGAACAAAUUAAAUCUGUUCGAGAUUUUGUGGCAUCUUAUAAUAAAUUGAUAGAAACAUGUUUUCUUGACUGUAUAAAUGAAUUUACUACACGAGAUGUCAAAGCAAAAGAAGAAACUUGUGCUCUAAACUGCAUGGAAAAAUAUUUGAAAAUGAAUCAAAGAAUAUCACAAAGGUUUGAAGAAUUUCAAAUGCUUGCUAAUGAAAAUAUACUUGCAGCUCAAAAAAAAUUAGAUAGUAAAGAGUCUUGAAUAUUGUAUUAAUAAAAAUAUAUAAAUUAAA